GCAGACACUAUUCGAGUCUGUGACCUAAUGAUUGAAAUCUGGCAUGAAUGGAUACAUGAAUAACAAAGCAGUUUUUUGACCUGUUAAAAAACAAACCGAACCGUAAGAGAAAAUCAUUUUUAUUUGUAACGUUAACACCAUUUAUCUCCAAUGUAUAGUUGAUCUGGAAUAUAACAACAAGAGUAAGGGUAAAUUAAUCGCAUAACAAUAAUAGUAAAGAAGACAAUAUGGUGUAAGAGGAAGAAAGUAGGUUCGAUUUUUAUUAAAAACACAAGGUGUGUUACAGUGGAGGAGAAAAACAAACAGAUUUGUUUACAUUACAUUUGGCGCAUAUAUACUUGUCAUACAUCAAAUAAGAUAGCUAAUGAAAAAGCCACUACUACUAAUUUGAGUGUUAUAAUUCUGAUUAGAAUAAGCAAUAUUUUGUGUUUGUCAUUAGUGAAUAGAUCACAAGGAAGAAAAAGAAUUGUGCACAAUAGUACAUUAAAUCAAUUUCUUUUAAUUAGGUAUCUCGAACUGGAACAUUGUACUGGCAAUAAGCAUGAGUAAUAAUGUUACGGUUUAAUCAAAUAUAAUUAUGUGAUCAUUUAACAUUUUAAAAAAAUUAAUGUUACGUACAUAAAUAAAACGCAAUUUGGUCCAUAUAUGUUUUAGAUAGAAAGAUCUUUUACCGAAUGUAAUUUGUAAAAAAAAUCAUUUGACUAAAGACAUAAGAAAGAACGUGAUAGAAAGAGGAAAACAAUUAAUAAUCUCACCAGCCAUUACCAUCAUUGACAUUGUUGUCAUGGCUGUCACACCACGGUUAGCAGAAAUGAUAGCUAACGAUACAUGGAAGAUGACAAAAGCGAGCGAAACUAAAGAACAGGAAGAUGCAAUCACCAAUAAUAAUAAUAAUAAUAAUAAUAAUAAUAAUAAUAAUAAUAAUAAUAAUAAUAAUAAUAAUAAUAAUAUGAGAUCAUUUUCACCCAAUAACUUUUGUUUUCGAUAA